UGGAGGCAUUUGACGCGACGGAAUUCUGUAAAGACGUAACCAAGAUGAUCGACGACUUGAUCUACGGCCCGGGAACUGGUGAAAGGGUUCGCAGACAGGAAGACCCAUACAUGUAUAUCCUAGACAUCAUUGCGAAUAUCACCAAAGAACUCUACAACAUCGACAUCAAUGAUCCGUCUACCAUCUGUCCAAACAUCGCCCAGUUCCUGGACAGGUCCAUACCUGAUAUCAUAUCGGAAUUUGGUGCUAAGCUGUUGGUUGUCGAUCUACACGAGACAGCUCUACUAUGUGAAGAUUGGGACCAGACACUCGAGUCGUUUGGGAUAGAUUCUACUUCGCAAUGGUACCACGUUGUGCAGAAUGCUGCUCGUAUUGCAUCCCAGGCUGUAGGAUAUGACAGCAGACGAGCGCUCUGCCAAGAAAUCGACAGGGUACUAGCCGUGACAGGAGAUGAUAACGAAGAGCGUCAGACUUUUGCCAGGAAUAUCAUCGAGAGCAGUUUUGAGAUUUAUACAAACAACGACAGGUGUUCCAUGUACUUCAAUGACGCCAUCGAUGACAUCAUCGAACCAAUCUUUGAGAUUGAAAACCUUCAGAUUAAAAUCAGCGAUUAUACCAUUUAUCGUUACACCGGAUACAUGGGCGUGGAAGGGGUCUGCGAGGCACUAAAGACAGAUUUUACGAAGCUUUCUACUAGCACCGUAACGAUGACGCUUACGGGCGAGACUCUAAACGGAGAGAUUCUUGUGUUCACUGAUGAUCUGAAGAACCAGGCUUCUUCUCGCUUCAAGGAGCUUGAAACGUUGUACUGUGGAGUGAUGGGGAAUCAACUUAGGCGAGAGUUAGGAUCGGACCUUCGAGGUAUGGACUGUGAAGCCACGUCUUUCAGCCCUGGCAGCAUUAUCGCAGAGUUGGAGAUUGAGAUUCAUGCCUACACUCAAGAUGUUGCUGACUCUCUGGCUGAGGAUGCGGCAGACCUGUCUACCAGCGGCACUCUCGUCCUCUCCUCCGAAGGGGAUACCUUGACAGUGUCCUCACUUCAAGGUUCAGGUGGUGGCUUGGCCAAGGGAGCAAUCAUAGGCAUGGCCGUAGCUGCGGUCAUAGUGGUCAUGCUGGUCGUCUUCAUCGUCAUCGCCGUCGUCGUGCACUCGAGGGGAAAAGGCACAAGGGAUACUGAGCGAGGAGUAGGAAUGCAGAACCCGGGUUUCUCCCCCAAUGAUGAGCACCGAUAUAAGAUAUAACUGUCUUGGAGUGAUCUUGGCUGCAGCACAACACCCCUGGGGUCCGUUUUUUAUAAAACUUGUUAUCAAUAACAACCGCUAAAUUUCUAUGACAAAUUUGCUCUCAGCCAAUUAGAUGCCAUGUUUUCAGUUGCUUUCAACAGUAGCUUGUAACUUGUUAUUGAUAACAAGUUUUAUGAAACUGGGCCCUGAAAGAAAUUCAUGGAUGGAUCGUAAUACGCAGAAUUGCACCCUCAAGGGCUUUCACCAUUGAAUGUUAAUUUAAAGCUCUUCAUUUAUUUGGCUGAACAUAAUGGUACGUUCUGCAUAACGUAAAAUAUAUUACUCAGAUUACACGUUUAUUCAGUUUGCGUUUGAACUCAGAUAAUGCUUUUAUUUUAUUUGAGAGGCCUUUGAUAUGAACUGGAAUGAUAACUCGCUGAAAUGAAAUUU